GACCGUGACGUCACGGAUAUGGCCGCGUCGCUUGAACUGCGUCACCCGUCUGAUAGAUCAGCUGAUCACUCCCAACACGGUGACCAAAACACACCGCUGUAUCGACGUUGUUUAACGCUUCAAGUAAUGACACGGCAUGAAAUUUCCUCAUUGUGGAAAAAGAUCCAGCUUGGGUUAAGACGUUGACGGUGUAAUUGAAAGCUUCAGGACUCACAAUGUCUUAUCUGUGAGAAUGGGGGGAAGCGGAUCCAAAGCCAAGGGCGUCUGGCCUUUCUCAGGCAGUGGAGCCGGAGGUGAAUCUGCGGCUGAUGGGAAUGAGCAGUCUGUGGCCCGACUUAAAGGCUCCAGGAGUGGAAACCCAUUCGUUUUCACCAGGCGAAGUUCCUUGUACUAUGACGAGGACGGGGACCUGGCGCACGAGUUCUAUGAAGAGACAGUCGUGACUAAAAAUGGCAGGAAGAAGUCAAAAUUGAAGAGAAUUCAGAAGAAUCUGAUUCCACAGGGAAUAGUGAAGCUGGAUCAUCCUUGCAUCCAUGUAGAUUUCCCCAUCGUCCUCUGUGAAGUGUGAACCGCUCACACGUGACCAAUUACAAAGUCAAGUCGCAGGUGCACUUCUUUUUAGAAAGAGGAGUCCAAAUAAGUCGUGUUCCAUUCAGCAGUAUGGCGGUCCAGACUGGAACUGUGAGGGAGAACAUGUGAAAUCCAAACCCACAUAUCCACAUGCUGACAGUGAGAUGGUGAAGCUGUUUCCACCGUCCAGCCGACACGCUGAGAGAACGUCCGUUGUGUUGCUCACAGGAAGCUCCUUUUCUGCCGGAAGGGGGGAAAAGCUUCAGCAGCGUUUGCCUUUCGUGCGUCGAUAGAAUCUGUACAUGUCUUCGUAUGUGGGCGUUAACAUGAGAGAUGGUAAAAGCUCCGUAUAGGAUGGUCCUCAAUGAAGUCAAUUUUAUUGUACAUAAAUGAAUCAUAGUCUGUAUUGUGAGUCUGUCUCAGUUGUUGAUGCGCAGACCUGCACUAGUGAACAUGACACGCUGUAAAUAUUCACCUUUCUUAGUUGGGAAUACUUGAAUAAAUGUUUCACU